UUUUUUCUGUAGUUCCACAGUACAUAAAGCAUAUGUAUCUGGCACAACAGCAAGCAUAUCAGUCAAACCACUGCAAGAAUAACUUCUAACUUUUUAGAAAUGGGAACCUUAUCAAUGAGUACCUUGUCAUUUUCUGUAAUCAACUGGCCUCUCUGUGUUUGCAACAUAAUUGCCAAUUUUUUCUUCGCCUUCUGCAUUAUCUGUCGACCCAGCAACAUUGAUGGACCCAAACAGCCGGUGAAGAUAUUGCUUGAAUCAUUGGUCUGUUGCAACACAGUGUACCUGCUCUUUCUUAUAGGAUUUAAGUUUGUUGACCAUGAUGAUGGGAUGCUCCUCUACGUUACCUUGGGGAUUUUGUACUACACUGUGUCAACAAGCAUGUCAACUUCUGUGUGGCUGGCUUUCUUUUAUUUCACCCAGAUAGUUCCUGUCAAGAUGGCAUUCUUCAUCUGGGCGAAGAAGAACAUUACAUCAAUCAUCUACGCGGCCCUGGUUUUCGAUAGGCUGUUCUUUUUGUUUGUAUUAACUUUAUUGUUACUCUUGUCUUACGAUAUUCCAGUCCUUGGACUUGCUUGCUACCUGCAAAGAAACAUCAGAAGCAUGUCAGCAGCCGGCUGUCUCUUCUCUCCUCGACUGGACAGUCAGAUUCGAGUCACUAUCACAGGCAUCCUGCAGGGGGUGCUCUUCUUGCUCUGCCACGUUUAUAUAUUAAUUUCGUACUACACCAAUAUGUUUACCAAUGUAUUCAUUGAUCUCUUCAUUUCCUACACAGUCAUUUCGAUCUACGUGACAGGCACUACUAUAAACCUUGGGGUUGGCCAGACUCUCUUUCGACAAAGGCCUGUUUAUGUUUGUUCAAAGAUGCGCAAGUUAAUGACGAUGUGAGUAGGUCUUGGUGGGUACUGUUUUUGUGGACCGACCGACUGACCGACCGAGAGAGCAAUAGAGCUUGGUCGCAGCUGAAAAUGCAAUGUAGACGUGCUGCUUAUAUGUAUACAAAAAAAAUAUUGGAGAACUCACUAUAAGAUGGUGUGAAUUAAACGGUCUAAAAUAGCCUUCACCCCUGUAGUAGCCUAGACCUUACUCCAUGAGAUUGAUGAGCCACCAUAUACUGAAUUAUGUAAGAAGCUGAGAGGUAUAAGGUAGGCCCUAUCAAAUAUUAUCUAUAUGUUCAUAAACACACACACACAUCCUCUGCCAAAAUUAUAUAUCUUCAUCCAAAAUGUCCCCACUGUAACUCUGGGUCGACAUCUACACAGUCAUCUCAUUCUAAAUGACAACUACAAUGAACCUUGGGGUUGGUCAGACACUCAACA